AUGGAGCAAGAGCGUGGCAAGCGCGUGCCGGAGGAGGUCCUGUUUAAGUGGGACAACGACCAUGAUUCCAAGCGGCGGCCGUUUGCGGAUGCCGAGGGCGCCGCCGCUGCCGGAUCGGGAUCCGACCCUUUGAGCUCGGCCGGCGUCGGCGCGUUUCGCAACGUCCUGCCCACUCGCGUGGUACCGUCUGCGCAGGCGGAUGCGAACAACGUGCACCUGGAAGCCAAGCGGCUGCGGGAAACGGUCGCAAACGUCCAGCUGUCGCACAACCGGGACUGGCUUGCCGCCAACACGCGCGUCACGGCGCUGGCCAAACUGGAUGUGCUGGACCGCCUGUCGUGUAUGCUGUUCAACCGCGACAGCGCCAUGCGCUACGAAUCGCUGCGGUAUCUCCAGCGCGAGUGCACCUCCGAGUUCGAGUUCGGCAAGAAGUUAUGCGAAUUGCGCCUGCGGCGUCUGAACUCCACGGUGGUGCCGGAGUACUGCAUCCCGCCCGUGCACAUUCGGAACACGACGCUGGUCUCCAAGAUGAAGGGCAAGUGCGGUUGCCCGCUGCAGGUCUACAUUCACUGGGACAUGCGCAGCCCGGCACCCGGCGCCGUGAAGGGCGCGGCGGCCGUUCCCAACAGCGCGUUGACGGGGAUACGCAUUGGCGGCAGCGCUGCCGUGCGGCCGUCCCUGAACUUCGCCGGCGACGCAUUCCUCACUGCUCGCGAGGAGCCCAUGGGCACGGGGCCGCAGGGGGGAUCGACCCGUUUCGACCGUGUUUUGGGCGGCUUGUUCAAUGGAACUACUUAUUAUGAUGCGAAUACGGACGUUCACGUCGCAGGAGAGGCUGCGCCGCAGGCGGUCGCCCCGCCGGUCCAGGCUGCCCCUGAGCAGCGUGCAGCGCCGUCAACCGACCCCACCGGCAGCUGGGCGCUCAGCAGCAACGACUUCCGACCGUCGUCGCAGGUCAGCGGGAACGUCUCUGCCGCUGCUGCCACGGGCGCGGCCAACGACGGGCGAUACACGCGUGAGCACCUGGAGGCGGUCUGUCCCAUGCACGCGGCGUUCGCGCUGCCCGAUUUGCUGUGUUCCAAGGGCGGCUCCAUGAAGGUGAUACGCGACCUGGGGCUGGUGUGCCGCUAUGAAGUGUCGUCGGCAAACGCCGGCGAGGUGCACAUCCUCUCCCUGCACAAGAUGCUUGGCGACACCAAGGUGUUCAACUUCCGCCUCCCGUCAGCGCUGCAGACCACGAACGCAGUCUACCUGCGCGACUUCGAGCUGGAGCGCUACCAGUCCGCGUUCAGUCCGGAGGUGCGUGCCUCCGACGAGGUCGACAAGCUGCGCCACUCGUACCUCUCCUCCGUGUACACGGGCCCCGCGCUGCUGAUCGUCACGUCGUCGGAGUUCAUUAUCGCAUUGGUCCACGAGACGGCCGGCUCCCUGCGGCUGGGGGUGCUGUUUAGGGAGCGCAACUGCGGCCACGUGAUCAACGAGGUGUACGGACACCGCGCAUCCGGAAGGGUGUUCAUGCUCGGCCCCAACAGCCUGCUCUACGAGUUCCAGUACCAGCUGGGCGCGAUCGACGUCAGGGACACCUCUAUGCUCGGCAAGAUGAUGCCGAUGAUCGUCAAGGGCUGCAAGUUCGUGCUGACCGCGCUGACCAACGAGCGCGUCUACAAGCUCCGCGGCACCGUCCCCGGCGGGUACGCCGUCGAGCUCGGCGCUGGGGCCACCCACUCCCGCGUCGCCGACCCGGACAACUGGUGGGAAGGCAGCGGCAACUGUCUGGCUGACCUGGGGAAGCCCUGCCCGGUCAGCGGCACCGUUUACUGGCCGCCGUUGCAGUGGCGCGAGCUGCACCUCUCCCUGCAGGAGUCCAGCUUCGCCGACGGCUUCAGCCGCGACAGCUGCACGUGCGUCAGCCGCAGCUGCUGCGUGAAGCACGAAUGCCGCACGUGCGUCAAGCUGCUCAACCCCUGGGACAAGGCGUACUUUGGGGUAUUUGCCUCCGGCGCAUCCACCCUCAGCCUGGACGAGGACCGGUGGCUGCUGUGCAUGCUGCGCGAGGACAGCGGCGAUUUGAGCGUCUUCAAAAUUCCGGACGAGUGCAACUUCGAGCACUUCAUAAAGGGCGUGGUCGACUACGACCGCAUGUUCCCCUACACGUUGACCUACUACAGUUUGCGCAACAGCGACCUGGUGAGCCAGCUGAUGCGCGCGGGGUACUUUCGCAUGGUUGGCAACCCGGCUGGCUAUCGCUGUUGUGCGGUGCUGCCGGUGCCGCUGGGUUUGUGUGACGGCGUGGACAUCGUGCUGGUCGACAACUACGGCAGCCGGAUCUUCGUGGGAUUCGCGACCGACCAAAACAAGAAAACCUCGCUGGUAGUCAAGGGAUUCAAGGCCGUGCAGAUGCUCAUAGAGCGCCGCCCGGUGCCGAGCAGGCCCACGUCGAUCGCCACGGGCUGGCAGGCGGCCGCUCAGCCACAAGCUGCAAACACGACCGCAGUGCAAGUCAAGCGCAGCUAUUAUUACGUCUCAGACCUGUUCGUCGUCUGCGAGUCGUACGUGAAGACGAACAAUAUGACCUUCGCGAAGGUUACGCUCUUCGCCCCGGAGACGGCGUCGCUGUGCCAGUCAAGCGGGCCUUCGCCGCAGUCUGUGUCGGAGGAGCUGUGGUCGCACAACCAGCGCCAGUCCACCCCUCGCGGCGAUUCUGGCGCGUAUAACUCCGCAGCCCCGAGUCUGAGACCGAUCGAGUGGUACGACGAGUUCUGCAUUCUCCUGUCGCCUGGUGAAACCAUACUCGACGUGUUCUCGCAGCGUCGCGACUCCGCCGAUGGUAAACCCGGCUUCAGUUGGCAGUUGGUGUUCGUCACUUCGCAAAAGGUAUACACGCUCUACCGGUCGAGUUUGAUGCGGCUCAUAUCCGCGCUGCUGGAGCACCCGCUGUCGACGCUCAGGUACCUCGACCCCCCGAUGAUGGCGCACGACCACCGCAACGCCAUCGCGUCGCAGCGCUUCAACAAAGCCAACGAAGCCCUGGAAGCCUCGCAUUUUGUGGACAUAUUCGCCGACGGCCCGCAGCACGGCGACCUGUGCGGCGAGGACGCCGCCAAGGAGGCGGUUGCCUACGGGUUGUAUUAUUUGGCCUGGCUGUUCACCCCCGAGGAGGUGUUCAGGACGUGCUGGGAGUUGCUUUCGGACCGCAGCGAGCCGAUGCUGGAGUCGCUGCUGCUGGGCGCAAACGACGCGCAGGGCCUGCUACUGACCUCCCUGGGCAUUUCAUCCCAGGCGUUCGGGUGGACGGCGCCGGGCGCCUACGCCGUCGACGACACGGGCAAGCCGACGACACCCGCGGUAAGCCCCUGGUGCAAGUUCGUCAUUUUCAGCGAGCCCAAGCUGCACCGCUUUAACCGGGUGUGCACCGGCAUGACCUCGGUGGCGGUGGACGGGGUGCUCUCUUUGGUAUGCGGGCUGCUGGAGUCGGUAUGGCUGGAGCGCACGUUCUGCUGCGUGCCCCUGCUGACGUCGGACAGGCGCGCCUCCAGCAACGAGAGCUCCCUGCCCUUCACACCGCACGACCAGCUGAAGCACCGUAACGAGUUCGUCGUCGGCUCGAGGUUUGAGAGCGACCUCAUGCUCUGCCUGCGCCGCCCCUUUGCCGAGGUGAAGGCCAGGCUGGUACAGAUGCGCAACCUGUACCUGCUGCUCUGCAAGGUGGCGAUGCAGUACGAGGCAAUGCAGCCCGGCACCGUCGAAGCGGUGGCCACCAGCGUCAGCCGCCUGUCGCUCAGCCUCCAGCGUGACAUCUUCCCCGAUGACUGCCCUGCGGAACAAUCAUUCGCCGGCGACGCUUUCAAAAACCCAGUGGCAAGCGGAUUCGGUACGGACAGUGUCGGUAACGCUGGUCACAGCGUCCCCCACGUCGGCGUCACUGCUGAGCUCGCCAGCGCCGAGAAAGCGCCGCCCUUCGACGUCGCCACGAUCCUCCGCCGGUUGCGCCAGCGCCGCGAAAAUGACAUGAAGACACUGCGGGAGCUCGUGAUGCUGCUCGAAAUCACGCAGGAGUACCUCGCGUGCUGCCUGCUGCUGCACCGCAACUGCAUACUGGGCGACGUGCAGCACGAGUUCGGCCGGAUGUUUGCCGACGUACGCCUGCUUCCGUCGCAGGGCCACGGACGCAUGUCCAUGUACGACCUGUCGUACAGCCCCGUGAUGCAGCCGCACGAGCCCACCGUCACACCGUUCAGCGUGGAGCGCGUUGCUGCCGCCGACCGGCCGCCGUACGCCUUCACGAUGUCGCGGGAGUUCUUCUUCAUCGUCUCACGAUCCAACCUGCUCAACCUGUGUUCCAACCAGGAGUACUACCGUUCGUUCCGCGUGGCGGUGUGGAUGGCGGGCGGCGAGGUGUCCAACCUGCAGGACUACUUCUACGGCCACCUGUUCAAGUCCGACGAGCUGCGGCUGAAGCACUGGUCAAGCAUGGUGAAGGCGCUCGAGCGACAGCUCGCCACGGCGGACAGCGACGCCUCGGUGGCCCAGUACGCCCGCAUGCUGAUGCGCUACCUGGGGGAGAGGCAGGCGGCGCAAUGA